AGUAACAGUGUAGGCAACCCCAAUGUAACUAUGUGUAGACCGUGUGAUGCAGGAAUGUACUGCAAUGAAACAGAAUGUCAGCACCAACUGGAGAUUGUGACGCUGGAUUUUACUGCCCUGGUGGCAAUUCAGUGGCGACACCUAUUGAUACUCCUUGUGUCAUUGGGCUUCAUUGCCCACCAGGGAGCCCCAGCCCAGUGCCAUGUGACCCAGGCACCUAUACAAAUCUCACUCAAGCUUCUGUAUGUCUUGAAUGUCCUGCUGGUUUCUACUGUGUUCCUGAGGAGGUGGUUGCAGGGAACUCAAGUGCAGGUCACAGAUUGUGUCCCAGAGGUUUCUACUGUCCUGCAGGUACAGGAGCCAACUGGACAGCAUGCCCAGCAGGGACUUUCAGCAACACACUAGGCCUUGAAGAUGUUUCCCAGUGUCUACAGUGUACAGGUGGUAAAUACUGUGAUGGCACCAACCGCACAACGGUGAGUGGCGAUUGCGACCCAGGCUAUUACUGCACCUCAGGUGUAGAUACCCCUACACCAGAUGGCGUUGUCAACACAGGAACUGGAGAUAUUUGUCCAGUAGGACAUUUCUGCCCAGGUGCAACUGUCCUACCUGAGGGCUGUGCUGCAGGGACCUACCAGGAUUUGACCACACAACCAUUGUGUAAGACAUGUGAACCCGGCUACUACUGUGUGGCUAACUCCACCACAUAUACCACCCAGCCCUGCCCCGCAGGUCAUUACUGCCCCGCUGGCACUGAAUACGACAAACAGUUCAAGUGCCCCCAAGGAACAUUCAAUAACAUGACAGGUGCCUAUUGUCCCCAGGGUAGCUCAGCUCCUCGUACAUGUGACCCAGGACAAUAUUGUGAUGUGGAUGCCAUGGCAACACCUAGAGGGCCCUGUGCUGCAGGAUACUAUUGUACCAAUGGAUCUAUGACAGCGACACCUACUGGACUUGGAGGUGAUGAAUGUAGUGCAGGUCACUAUUGUGUAGAGGGCAGUUAUAUGGAAGCCCCCUGCCCCCCAGGUACAUACCUACCAAGCACUAGGGCUGAAAACAUCACAUAUUGUAUCCCAUGUACAGCUGGCUCUUACUGCAAUGACAGUGGACUUAGCAUGCCUGAAGGACUUUGUGAUCCAGGGUUUUUCUGUCCUGAGGGUCAGACUGUUCCCCACCCUAAUGCUUACCCCUGUUCCCCUGGGUACUACUGUGAGACUGGCUCCCCCAUGGAGACAAUCUGUCCCUCGGGAACCUACCAGGAUGAAGCACAGCAGAGCACUUGUAAAUGGUGCCUCCCAGGUUACUAUUGCGACAAUAGUGCAAGCCCUGUAGUGAAUGUCACAUUGUAUGUUUGCCCUGAAGGACACUAUUGCCCCAAUGCCACCACAAGUGCAACUCAGUUCCCAUGCCCAGCUGGGACAUUUAACAAUGAUACUGGGCUGAGUGACUCUAACCAGUGCUUGCCCUGUCUCGGGGGAUACUAUUGUGCAGGAGGAGGUAUCGUGUACCCAACAACCCCCUGCAGUGCAGGCUACUACUGCAGACAAGGGGCAGAGAGUGCCACACCAACACAAGACUCUAACGCUCAUGAGUGCCCUGUAGGCUACUACUGCCCAGAGCAGACAGCUGAACCAAUAGCUUGCCCCGCUGGCACAUUCUCCAACAAUACCAGACUGCAGAAUGUCACUGAUUGUACACAGUGUACCCAAGGCUGGUAUUGUGAUAAUAUUGCACUUACGGAACCAACUGCCGAAUGCCAUGCUGGGUACUUCUGUAUAGAGGGCGCCAGCACUGCAGAGAGGGAGGUGUGCCCAAGUGGCAAAUACUGCCCAAUUGGAACCCACUCACCAUACAGAUGUCCUGCUGGUACAUACUCCAACAACACUCACUUGGAGGCAGACUCUGACUGUACCAAUUGUACUGCAGGAUGGUACUGCCAACAGACAGGCCUGACAGCACCUGAAGACCAAUGUCAACAGGGCUACUACUGCCCCGAGGGAUCUGCUACGCCAAAUCCAAUUGUGUGUCCUCUUGGGCUGCAUUGUCCCACAGGCUCAGCUGUUCCCCAAGAUUGUGCCCCGGGGUAUUACACCAACACUACAGGGGCCUGGACCUGUGAUAUUUGUCCCGAUGGAUUCUAUUGUGUACCCGAGAAUGUAACAGCGGGAGAACCUGCUACAGGGUACCAUGAUUGCCCCGCAGGAUAUUACUGCCCCAGUGGAACAUAUCUUAAUUGGCAACCAUGUCCCAAAGGAACAUAUAGCGACCAGACUAAUUUAUAUAGGGUUGAACAGUGCAGAGACUGUGAUGGAGGCUACUAUUGUAACAUUGAAGCUGCCACCAAUGUGACAUCCUUCUGUGCUGCUGGUCACUACUGUGAAUCAGGGGUAGACCGCUCAAACCCAGAUAAUGCCCAAGUCAACAGCACAUAUCCUGCAAACUGUCCACUCCUUGGAGGACAUACAGGCUAUGGGGAUGUAUGCCCUCGUGGCAAUAAAUGCCCUCUGGGGAGUGCUCUCCCUGAAGGCUGCCCACCCGGGACAUACCAAGACCAGGAAGGCCAGAGUGUUUGUAUCACAUGCCCUGAAGGUCAUUAUUGUACUGCCAACUCUACAGACUACUCAGAUAAGCCAUGUCCUAGUGGUUAUUACUGCCCCGAAGGUACAACAAGGGCUGAUGAAUUUCCUUGCCAAGCUGGCAGUUUUAAUCCAUUCACGAUGCAGACCAAUGAGACGGCUUGUAAGCCAUGUACACCUGGUUACUACUGUCUCACAAGUUCACUGUCAGCACCUACAAAUAACUGCUCGGCUGGCUGGUACUGUUCUGGAGGAGCGACCCAACCUAUGCCAACAAACCCCAGUGAAGGGGGUAAAUGUAUGCCUGGAGAGUAUUGCCCUGACACCAGUGAGGCCCCCAUACCAUGUACAGAGGGCAUGUAUUGCCCUAAUGAGAAGAUGGCAGCUCCUAUGGCCGACUGUACACAGGGAUAUUACUGCACUCUUGGAGCCACACAUCACAGUCCAACUGAUAACAUCACAGGAAAUGUAUGCCCCACCGGGCACUAUUGUCCAACAGGCAGCAAGGCUGGAAUAGCUUGCCCAAUAGGCUACUACCUUGACACAGAGAUGAACAGCCAACCAACAGACUGCAAAAUCUGUACAAAGGGCAAAUACUGUGCGAGUGAGGGUCUAACUAACCCAACAGGGGACUGUCAACAGGGGUAUUACUGCCCAGAGGGUCAGGAUACUGCGACACCUAGUAACUAUACAUGUCCUGAGGGUUCCUUUUGUGUCAAUGGAUCUGGAGAUCCAGCACCUUGUCCAUCAGGGACUUACCAGGAUACUCCAGGACAAUGGACUUGCAAAACAUGCCCUGCUGGGUUCUAUUGUAACGCCACCUAUGGUCCAGUUGUUUUCUACACUAGUUACAUCUGUCCAGAGGGCUACUACUGCCCUCUUGGAACAGGGUACGCAGAGGAGAAUCCAUGCCCCAGAGGGACUUUCAAUAAUAGGACUGGUCUCCAAGCAGAGUCUGAGUGUACACCAUGUGUUGGGGGUAUGGCCUGUGAUGUUCAGGGGCUCAGUGAUCCUAUUAGGCCAUGUGCCCAAGGUUACUUCUGUCGCCAGGGUGCCAACAUGACAACACCUAACUUAGGUGCCAAUGCAGAUGACUGUCCCCCAGGCUCUUAUUGUCCCGAGGGCUCAGACUUUCCCACACCCUGUCCUGAGGGAACAUACAGUAAUGCAUACAACCUCCAUGCAGAGAUCCAAUGUUUGAACUGCACAGGAGGCUACUACUGUAAUGAGACUGGACUCACAGUUGUCACAGGGCCCUGUUUACCUGGAUAUUACUGCCCUGUUGGCUCUAAGAGAGCUGAUGAAGUACCCUGCACGGAGGGUUACUAUUGUGAACUGGCUACAUUAGACCCAGCACCCUGCCCCAAUGGUACCUACUCAAAUAUAACACUAUUGAGUGAUAUAUCACAGUGUACAGAUUGCACCCCUGGCUACUACUGUAAUGGACUAGGACUUGUUGAAGUCUCUGGACCUUGCAAAGCAGGUUACUAUUGUCCACUUGGCUCAAGCCUAGAGACUGAGAUCAUUUGCCCCGAGGGUCAGCACUGUCCUCAAGGUAGCGCUACCCCCAAGGAUUGUCCCCCAGGCUCAUACACAGAUAGCCAGGGGGAGAGCAGUUGUAUUGAGUGCCCCGAGGGAUACUAUUGCAUCCCAGAGAAUGUCAUACCAGGAGAUCCUUCUUCUGUCAUGGUUUCAUGCCCAGAAGGUUUCUACUGCCCCAAUGGCACAUCCUAUGAUUGGCAGUCAUGUCCUAGUGGUACAUACAGCAAUGUUAGAGGCCUAGCUGAGGCUGUUCAGUGCACUCCCUGUGACGCUGGCUGGUACUGCCAAGGGAACAAUCUGACCUCUCCCACCGGCCAAUGUGACUCUGGCUUUUGGUGUCUCUCUGGUGCAGAUAGAGCAAACCCAUACAUGGUGAAUGGCAGUCAAUGUCCAACCAACACUGUACACCCAAUAAUCGGUGGCAUUUGUCCCCCUGGAGCUGAGUGUAUCGUUGGUACGAGCACCCCUGUGGCGUGUCUUGCUGGGUACUACCAAGAUCUCACCACACAGAAUGACUGCAAGGACUGUCCCGCAGGCUACUGGUGCUAUGCAAACACAACAGACUAUACACCCAAUGUAUGCCCCGCGGGCUAUUAUUGUGAACUGAACACACCAGAUCCUCUGUAUACUCCAUGUCCUAAUGGAACCUUCAAUAAUGUGACUGGUAGGCCUAGUCUUGCUGAUUGUCUGCCCUGUAGCCCAGGGAUGUACUGUCAUGGACCUGGUAAUGCCUACCCUACAGGGGAAUGUGCUGAGGGUUGGUACUGUACAAACGGAUCUGCUGAUGCCAUGACAACAUCAGAUGGUGGUGAGUGUCAGCCAGGCACAUACUGUCCCCAAGGCUCCUAUGAACCUAUACCUUGUACAGCUGGCAGUUUCUGUAACAUCAGUGGUCUAGCCCUCCCUGUGGCCCUAUGUGACCCUGGAUACUACUGCCCUAUAGGAUCAGUAUUGCCUACGGAGGUUGACUGCCCUGUUGGUCAUUUCUGUCCACAAGGUAGCGAUAUCCCCGAGCCUUGUAGAAAUGGAACAUAUGGCCCGGGAACUCGCCUGACAUCACAGGCUGAUUGCACACCAUGUGACGCUGGCUCAUACUGCAAUGAAACUGGUGCUAGUAGCGUCUCUGGUGAUUGUGACCCUGGUUACUACUGUCCCCCAGGACAGACUAGCCCCACCCCCUUUGACUACCCAUGUACAGCAGGACACUUCUGCCUUACCAAAUCCCCCCUCCCUACCAUCUGUCCAUCAGGAACAUACCAGAAUGAACUUGGAAAAUAUGAUUGUAAAACAUGUCCAGAAGGUUACUUCUGUGACAACAGCUUUGGUCCAGUGACUGAUCUAUCCAAUAGUUCCUGUCCAACAGGGCAUUAUUGUUUAAGUGGCACUACAUUCUCAACACAAUACCCAUGUCCACCAAGUACCUUUAAUAACUUGACCCGAAAGGUCAGCGCUGACCAGUGCAUGGAUUGUCCCCCAAAAUACUACUGUCUUGGGGGUCUUGGAGAACCCCAUGGAUUCUGCGCCCCUGGAUACUACUGUAAUGGAAGUCAAUCUCAAGUGAAUCCCCCAGAUUUUAUAUGCCCCAUAGGGAACUACUGUCCUGAGGGUAGUGACCGGCCUACACCCUGUCCCGAGGGUACUAUGUCUAAUGGACUCGGAAAUACCAACUUUAGCGACUGUGAUCCUUGUAAGCCUGGCAGAUACUGCACACCUCUCAGCUCUCAGAAUGGCAUCAGUCUUCCGUGCAGCGCAGGGUUCAUCUGUCUGAUUGGCUCUAACGUGCCCAACCCCACAGAUACAGUGAAAGGCUAUAUUUGCCCCGUAGGACACAAAUGUCUUGAGGGAGCGGUUGUUGAGACACCAUGUGACAAGGGAACUUAUCAACCCCAAACUGGACAAGGAGCUUGUCUAUCAUGCCCUGCUGGAACUACAUGUCCUGACCAAGGCAUGAAUGAGACUGUCAUAUGCCCCCCAGGGUUCUACUGUCCAAAUGGGACAUACACUAAUGGCAUGCCUUGCCCACUAGGAACCUUUAACCAGCAUACUGGACUGUCUGUACAAGAAGAUUGCCAACUCUGUCCAUCAGGUCAAUUUUGUGAUGAAACUGGACUCGUUGCCCCCGCUGGCAACUGUAGUGCUGGGUAUCUAUGUAUAGAGGGCGCUGUUCACCCUGGUCCUAAUGAUGGGGUAAAUGGACUUUGCCCAAUUGGACAUUACUGUGAAGAAGGAACACUAAAUGCAACAGCAUGCCCUAUGGGUUAUAUGAACCCAAAUGUUGGAGGAGAGAGCGUGGCUGACUGUAUGCCAUGCCUUCCUGGCCAAUUCUGUGGUGAAACUGGACUAUCAAGCCCCAGUGGUCUUUGCAGAGAGAGAUACUACUGUCCAGAUAGUGAACCUACACAGGUGUCCAAGCCAACAAGCUUUGCAUGCCCCGCUGGCUAUUAUUGCCCCAAUGGCACUGGACUUCCUAUUGCCUGUGAACCUGGUACCUACCAACCCAACCAGGGCUCCAUUGAUUGUUUACCCUGCCCUGCUAGAUAUUACUGCCUAAAGAACAGUAGCACUCCAGAAAUAUGUCCCAGGUACUCCUACUGCCCCAAUGGUACAGUGACACCUAUAUUGUGCCCAGAUGGAACCUACACAGAAAACUCCACUGUGGGGCUCUCAGAUGCCAGUCAAUGUGAACAGUGCCCAGCAGGUAAAUACUGUGUUGAUGGUACAGCUACUGGAGACUGCCAGGCAGGACAUUGGUGCAAGAAGGGUAAUGCAAUACCCAACCCAUAUGGCAAUGAUACCAAUGAAGGCGAACUUUGUCCAUAUGGUUUCUAUUGUGAAGCAGGCUGUAUAUCUCCCAGGGCCUGUCCCCCAGGCAGAGUCAUCAACAAAGUGGGUGCCACAGGUCCCCAUGAGUGCACAAUAUGUCCGCCAGGGCGUAUCUGCCCGGAAAAUGCCACUAUCUCAGAGCCCUGUCUUCCUGGCUACUACUGCCCAGGGGCUGGAGUCAUCACUGCAUGUCCACGAAGAACUUACAAUGAGAUGUCAGGAGGAAUGAAUCUGACUGACUGUUUACCUUGUCCGGCUGGCUAUUUCUGUGAUUGGGAGGCUAUGGCCAACUACUCCAUCAGCCCCUGCCCCCCAGGUUGGUACUGCACUGAAGCCACUGAUGCACCUGACCCCUGCCCCCCUGGGACCUACCGUGGUGAGGAGGCAGCAGGGUCUAUCGCAGAGUGUCAUACUUGUCCCGCAGGCUACUACUGCCCCGAAACAAAUGCCACCUUGGAGGGAACACAAUGUGAUGAGGGAUACUUCUGUCCACCUGGUUCACAAAAUCAAACCAUAUGCCAAGCAGGAUAUUACUGUAACAGAUCUAUGACCCAGGAGCCAUGUCUGUGCGGCUAUUACUGUCCCGAGGCCUCCUCUUCCCCCCAGCCCUGUCCCCCUGGCCAUUACUGUGGGGGUGAGGAUAGUAGUUCAGUGUGUGAUAACAGUGUUAUAGGUGCUAUUGAACCAAUAAAAUGUCCUCUCGGUCAUCGAGAGAUGGAUGGGUCACCAAGGUGGUCGUUUGGAGAUACUUGUGAGAUAUGUCGCUCUGGUUAUUAUGGUAAUCAUCCAGAAAGGGCAGAGUGUAGGCCAUGUCGAGCUGGAGUCGUUUGUAAAGAGGGCGCCAUUACAGAUCAGCCAAUGGGAAAUGAUACGCAAGCUAGCUUUGAAUAUACCCAUUCAUAUCCAUGUCCCCAUGGUUACUAUUGUCCUGAGAACAGCUCAUUCCCCACCCCCUGUCCUGAGGGUACCUUUAACCCUAGUGAAUAUAAAGGUUCAGUACAGGAUUGUUUGCCAUGUGGAGUGGAUCAUUUCAACCAUCUUUAUGCCCAAACUGGUUGUUUCCCAUGUGGAGGAGAGGCCAAACAACCUGACAUUGGCCAACCAACUUGUUUGUGUACAGGAGCAGGCCGUGACUUCCAACACAGUGAUCGUCAAUGUCCCUGCAAGGCAGGAUAUAACAUUCUGCAAGGUCGUGAAACUGAUUGUGUCAAGGACGUCUAUGACAUCUGCCUAGAGGGCACCACUAGGACCCAGUCCGGUCUAUGUUAUGAUGACGAUCAAUGGAGAACACACUGCACUGAGAAUGUUUGUGGUGGGGCUGAUGCCUACAUUGGCUUUGAUGCAUUGCUUGGACUCUGUAAAUGCAAAGUGGAUGAUCUUGAACUGAUAUGUGACCUAGAGUGCAGGAUUGCACAGCGUAUGAGAAUCAAACUGGUCUGUCCCCAGAGGCCUGAACCCAGUUACAUUGUAGUCUCAAAUUCUGAUAACAGCCAUAGAUAUGAGAUCCCAAGUUUGAAUCUGCGUAGUUGCAUUAACUACCGCAAUGCCAUCUCCGAUGAUCAAUGUGACGGAAGAGAAAACACAGAAAUCCCAAUACAUUUUACAGUGAUGGAGCCGGCUGGCUUCGUAGGAGUUUACGAUCCGAAUCCUGCUUCCAUACAACAGAUUUUGGAAGAUAACAGUAAAGGAAACUUCACUGGUAAUUAUAGUGGUGGCGAAGUUGGUGCAAAUAGACGUCGUCUGUUGACGACAACGAAUCUACCUGCAGGGACAUUCACAGGUAUUCAGAAUCCUACUGUAUGCUUGAAGUAUGGAGAGACCAUGUUCUUCUAUGUUUCUAAUGACAACUACCCAGUGUAUGACAGGGACAAUCUUUACAAUACAAACCAGGCAUUUGACUAUGGAGGCUUCCGAGAAUUAGCUGAGGCACAGUCUCAGAUCUCCACGGCAACCACACUAUUCUCAUAUCGCUUCAAUGACCCGGGUGUCUAUUCCUUCCAUCACAGUACCGACACUAACAAGAAAAUGUAUGUGAGAGUGAUGGCGGAAUUUGCCCAGUGUGCAGAAGAUGGCCCAUUCUUCCCAACAACACCACGCUCAGUCAUCCAGAAUGGCAUGUCUAUAGACCAGGAUAUAUUGAAGGCACCUGACUGGGCUUUGAUCUUGAUCCUGCUGGGAGCAGCCCUCAUGUGUAUGGUUAUACUUGUGAUAGCUUUGAUUCUGUUCCGUAAAUACGGCUGGAUGAAGACCUCUUACAUCUUCCCAAGAUAUCGUCGCCUGGCUGAGAAGUACAACUUUGAUGAUUAUGCUUCUAAGGGGUCCACGGUCCAUCCUGUAAAGAAAUACCAUAGAAACCUAGAAGCUCUUGAGCAUGUGGCUGGUGGUGGUGGAACAUCUGACCCCAAUGCUGUCAAUGCUAUCUUAGAUGCCCAAGGUGUUGAGGUUAAGGGAGAUGAGUUCUGGGACUAUGAUGCGCAAGUGGACCUUGAGGCAUUCAAUGCUGCCACCAUGUAUGACACACUGGCCAAACAGUCAAGGGACAUCACACAGAAUCUUGGCAAACAGAAAGAUGAGGCCAAGUCCAUGUACCAGAAAGUCAAUCACCAGACUGAGUCACUCAAAGGACUCUGGGCAGCCAAGUUGAACCUGAAGGGCAGGGCAAGCAUGGCUACACAAGAGGACAUAGCCAAGUAUGAGGUGAAGCUGGAGGAAUUGGAAAUUGAGUUGGAAAGACGUAAAGAACUUGGAACAAGAUUUGAGGCUAUAUUACAACGUCAGCAGAAUCUUAUAGAGGAUGACGAACUGGAUAGAGAGAAGCAUCAGGUCAAUUAUGAGGCAGCACUGCGUGAAGGUCAGAGACAAUUGAAUGAGCAUAGUGAGAGAUUACAACGUGGUCAGAUCUUGAAGGAUGGAGAACUUGACACCCAGCAACAUGCGAGAUUGUGUGGAAGAGUUGGUCAUCUCAUACAGAGGAUGUCCAAUGAAAUCAAUGAGGAGUGCCAGAGAUUGGGCGCAUGGGGUGUACUGGGACAAGGGACUGGAGGGACGCUAGUCUUCAAUAACUCAAGUGAUCCUAUUGAACGUGACCAACUCCUAGGUCCAGACCAGAGCAUUCUAGCACCAGAUGUAGUACACUUGAACCCUGUUACUGGACUCAUUGAACCAAAUGCUGGUGCCACCAUGAUGCUAGGUAAUGGCAGCCUCAUAAUGGUACCCCCAGGCUGCUUCGUGCACCCUCAGACAGGAAAGGUGUUGCCCAUAAAUGGUAACGUGGCAUAUGAUCCCGUGACAUCUAGACUUGUCUUCACCACAGAUUCUGCUACAGGUGAAGCAUGUCGCAGUGACGACCCACUCAUCCCAUAUGUACCUUACCCCGUUAACCCAACCACCUCACUUCCUGUUGUCACCAAGAUCAAACCUCUGGAACGCAAGAGUGACAUGAAAUACUGUGCCCCUGUUCCCGACCCUAUCACAGGACUUCAUUGUCCUAUAGUUGGUGCCACUAUUGACCCAAGUAAUGGGGCUGUUCUACCAGUUGCUGGCACCCACACAGACCCGAUAACUGGUCUACCAAUCCCUAUAGAGAUAGGCUCUCUUAUGAUUGAUCCUGUCUCUGAACAACCUGUGCCGAUCCUUGGAGUCACUCUAGAUGCUCAUUCAGGUGAUGUGGUACCUGUUGGUGGCACAAGAUCUGGUAGUCAUAGUGAUAUUCCCAUCGUACCUGGUGAUACAUUCGUUGAACCACUCAGCGGUAAAGUUGUUCGCGUCAACACAGGAUUCCUUAAUAAUAAUGAGGUGGUGCCAUCUGCUGGAGGUUACAUGGCACUGCUGGAGGCAAACGUCCUGGCAUGUGAGGCUAGGGUCACUGACGCCCUGCGCGAGUACAAAGAUGCAAUUAACAGUGUACAUAAUAAGGACGAAGGCACAUCUCUAAACACACGUCAUGAACAGAAUGUGCUUGACACUGCACUGAGAGAACUCAGCAAGGCUCGCACACGUAUGAAGACAUACUGGAUUCGCUCAGGACAAGAUCUUCAAAGGAGACGGGAAAGAGCCAACAUACUCUCAGCCACUGGAGGUUCACCAGGCAUGUAUGAGUUCACACUGACUGGUCAGCUACUGCCUGUAUUGAUUGGUACCACCAUGGUAGACCCUGAUGGUUCUGGCCAGGAUGUUGCAAUACUUGGUGCUGAGAAAGACAGAUUCUCUGGUAAGAUUCGACCUCUAGGUGGCACCACGGAAGAUCCAGAAGGAAGGGGGUUAGUACCCAUAAUGCUCGGUGAAAUGGCUGUUGAUCCUGUCACAGGAGACCUCAGUCCAAUCACAGGGGUACGUGUGAGUAACGAAACACAGACUGUUGUACCUGUUACUUUAGCCUCUGGGGGCCAUAAGAAGAAGAAAGCUCCAUUGGGUGCGACUGCGAUGUUAGAGGAAGAGGUGGUGGCAAGGAGGAGCUACUGGAGACGUCAACGACAGAGGGAGGAUGAACUAACUGAAAAGGAGUUCCUACUCUCAUUAAAACUGAUCACCGACCUGGAGGGCAUAACAUCCAAUAUGGUGGAGAAGGCCUUAAAUGACAUCCUGGAGAAAUCAGCUGAACUUGGAGAAGCCUCCAAACGUGAAACAACACGCAAGUCUGACUCUGAGCAGGAGUUUGCAUCUGUGUUUCCCCCUGAGGUAGUCAGUGUGCUAACAUAUGGUGACAUGCCUGAGAGAGAACACGAGGAAGCUCACCAAACUGCACACAAGAAAUUUGUUGAAGUCAUCCGUAAGUUCUUCAACAAACUCCAGGCUGAAGAAGAGAAAUACAAAGACAGGCUCUCAGAGCUUGAAGGUGCUAUGAAUCCUGAUGCUGAACAUGUUGUUAAACAACGCUACAUGCAAGCCAAACAAAGACUUCAGGGUGAACUUCAAGAUCAGAUUAUGGGACGUGUAGAAGCUUUAGAUGAGGAACAUUCAGGCUUGGAGUACUGCAGACAACGUAGUGAGCUACUGUGCCUGGAGGCCAAGGUUGUCCUAAUGCGUUCUUCUGUUCUUGCUGGGGAUUAUGAUGCUAAAGUACCAGGAGUGUAUGGUGAAUGUGAUCUAAGCUCCUCUAGCUCUGAGUCUGAGCUCAUUCCAUUAUUGAAGCAACUCAUUGAGAUGUUAAGCACUGGUGGGCCAUUUGUCUUGUCAACUGAACUUCUGCAAGUGCUCCAAGGUAGGCCAGGAGUGAAUGUUGCGCAGAUCCAGCAACAAAUGGAGGCUGCCCAGGCUACUGGAGGUCUCACUCCAGCUCCUGGGGGGUUCACAGGUCAAGUUACCCAAGUCGGGGUGAAUCCAAUGGCUCAAGGCCCCAAUGUGAUUACUACAGUACCUCUACAGAGAUCAGCUGAUGGUGGCACCACUAAGACUGACUAUACAAUCAUUGACCAGAAUGCCCUAAAAGCUCCAACGGAAAAUGAAUCUGAGAGUGAUAUUAAAGAAAGGCAAAAACAACUUCUUGAUAAACAAACAUUUGAAGCAGCCAAACUUGAGAAUUCACUUAAAGAUAAUGAAAUCCAAUCUAUUAAUGGAUUAGUUCAAGACUAUGAAAAGAGAAAGGAUGAGACUAUUAAGAGCACACAAGAAGAGUUAAAGAAGAAGCUUUCUGAAGCUCAGACACAGGAAGAAAAAGAAAGAUUAUUGAUGGAAUAUGCCCACCAACUCCAAAGAUCCAAUGACAAAUUGGAUGCAGAGAAGCAGCGACAGAUGGCCAACCUUCGUAAGAAACUUCUGGAUGAGAGACGACAGAAGAAGAAAGAGCUCCAUAGGAACCAUAUCACUGAGGCAAAAUCUCUGGGACUUCCUGCUGACACUGUACCAGACAUGUACAUCCCAACACAUGAUGAACUGGAUCAUGACCUGAAGCUCCUUACUCAACAACAGGAGAAACUUCUAGCUGAAAUGCGACUUGCAGCUGCACAACAAAACGACAAUGUAGAUAUUGAUCCUGAAAUGGAAGAACGAAUCAGAGCUCUAAGACUGCAAUCUCCUGGUGCAGAAGAUCUUAUCAAUGACCUCAAAUCUAAGAUCAAUACAAGCAACAGCCGGGCCAUUAACAUGAAGGAUAAACUCCGUGCACGUAAAGAGAGACACCGCAGUGCAAAGAAGGUAUCUGAUGAGGAACUGGCUGGCUUAAAUGAGGAUGAGAAGCAGGAGCUACUUGCUACCUUACAGAACCAGUGUGAGGCUACCAGAAUGAAGGAAGAACAAGCUCUUCUAAUGACACUGCAAUCUCUGGAACAGGAUGACCAUCGACGCGAGGAAGAGCGUCGUCUUCGUGAUUUACUGAAAGACAAGUCAGCUGAGGAGCGAGACAGGCUACUAGCUCAGUAUGAUGCUGAGACACUUGCGAUGGAACAAGCCUUGGAUAAUCAAAAGGCUAGCCAACAAGAUAAACUCCUGGCUAAGUUAGCAGCACGUAAACGCAUGAAAGAGGAGCUGGCCAAGGAGAAGGCUGUUAACAAGGAACUUGAUAGGAUAACACAGAAACAGGGCGAGGAAGAACGUGCAAGUCGCAGUGGGGAUGAUGACAGUGCAGAAGUUAUAAGUAACAUCUCUAAACAUCUCAAUACAGCCAGCCUUACCCCUGAGCAGGAGAAGCUUCACGAGGCACAAAUUGAUGAACAGGCUACACUUGUGACAAGCCAGAAAGAGCAGGAGAGACUUAUGAACCAAACACUGGAUACUGAGCUUGCUAAAAGUAGCAGGCAGGUGGAUGAUCAAAUGGAAGAGCAAAAGAAACUGGCCCUUGAUUCACACAAAGCUAAGUUUGACCGUGAGAUGUUGCUCCAUGGCAAGAACUUGAGCAAAGAUGAGUAUGAGAGGCUUAUGGCUCUACAUGAACAAGAGGCAAGGAACCUGCAACGUAACAUGGAAAAUGAGAAAGCUAGACAGAAACAGGCUCUCGCUGAUAGGGUUGCUGAAAGACGCAGGAAGAAACAAGCUCAAAUCAGUGAGAAAUCAGCGGCAGAACUAGCCAAGCAGCUUGCAGCUCAACAACAACAGAGAGAUGCCUUGAAUCAACAGAUUGAACGUAAAGUGGCGGAGUCCACAUUAAAAGAAUCUGUGAAGGAUAAAGAUGGGGAGCAGGUUGAGAAUAUGGUGUAUACAGUUCUGAGACAGCGCCACAUCAAGGAGGCUGUCCACCUUGAAGAACAACUGGCAAGGGAGCUGGAUGCAGCUAAGGCUGAUACAAGAGCUACUGUUGCCGAGGAAAGGCAACAACAGAGAGAGAAGUUGACUGCCUCUCAUGAACAGGAGCUGAUUGAUCUUGUUGCCAAUGCUGGCACCUUGAAGAGCUCAGAAUUGGCACAGAAGAAAGAGGAAUUAAAGCGAAGACAACAGCGUGAAAUUGCUGAAUUUGAUUCAUUGACACCACAGAUGAUAGCUACAGCCGAGCGGGAUACAGCACGCCACCUUCAGGCCAAACACACCAACUCUAGGCUUGAGUUGAAAGAGAAACAGUUAAGAGAAUUGGCAGAUGCUAUGAAGAUCUACACACCGGAGGAGAAACUACAAGAGGAGUAUGCUGAGAGAGCCAAGCAAGCAGCAGAGGAAGCUAAACGUUACCGUGAAGAGACACUCAGAAAGAUGAAUGAUAAUCUGAAACAUAUGAAAGAUGAAGCAGAGAAGAAGGAAGGAGAGCGAAAGAGGAAGUUGGUGAAUCAAAUGAAACAACUAGAACAGGACCUUGAAGCUGAGAGAAAACGUGAUGAGGAACGGGAGAGAGAACGUCAAGCAGAACGAGAGCGAAUCAGACGUCAGCAAUUAGAAGAAAGGGAAAAACGUGAAAAAGCUGAUAUUGAUAAAAUGAACAUCUCCGAAGAUGAAAAAGAAAAAUUGCUACGCGAACAUGAGGAGAAUAUGAAGCGUUUUGAUAGUCAGUUGAAGGAUGAACAACAACGAAGCAGUGAAGCCCUGAAAGCCAAACUUGAGGCAAGGCGUAAUAAGAAACGUGCCACAGAGAUUGCCCAGAUUGAAAAGAACAACCAGCUUCAAACAGAAGAAGACAUUAAGCAAGAAAUGGAUGAGAAGAUAGCUGAAGAAAGACGUGCUGCAGAGAGGGCUUCAUCUGGAGACCAACCUACGCUAUUUGGUGCCCCAGCAGCCAAGACUGGAGCUCCUGGGUCUGCAAAUCCUGCUGAGUCUGGCUUUGCUCCAUUUACUCCAACUGGCAAUGCAGAACAGGACUGGGUGAACAUGUUGAUGGCCUCUCCCCUGUUCAAGCAGAUCAAUGACCUUGAGGCCAUGAUGGACAAAAGUGCAGGGGGAACAGGCGCUGCUGGGUCUGGUCCAUCUAAAGUACAAGGUGCUGACUACAGUCGUGCCUAUCUUGACAUCAAAGACGCGCAAUGGUCCUGCAGUGGUGACCUUGUACCUGUUGACCUCAACGACAUCACACCACACCAAUUUGUUGUGUACAGAUUUGGGGUGUUUGUAUCACGAGUCUUACGCCAACUUAUCAAUGCACCAGAAGUGACGCUCCUAUUGGCAUCAAAUCUGCCAAGUAACAAUUACAACAAUAACGCCUUCAGGAACUCUUUCUUCUACGAACACGCUAGAAAGAUCUUGUUCAUACGUCGUGAAAGGAUGGACUCCAUCGGGGACUUUGUGGUUGUUAUACUUCAUUGUCUGGCACAUAUAAGUGUAGAUGAUCUCACAGAUGACGCAAACCCAAUGUUCCUCAGACAGUUCUACAAGUCCCUUAGAGUAGUAUGCCAAGAUAUGUUCUUCUCUCGAUCCCAUACCAAGCCAACAAGCUCAGCUCUGAUUGGUGGAUCACCAACCAAUGGAAGAACAGCCCUGGAGACUGCAUUCAAGCACACUCGUAGCUCAGAUGAGAAGUCUAAUGUUGUUGGUGAACUUGUUGAUGUUAAAGUAGAAGAGACAAUGGAAAGAGAUUUCUCCCAUGAUGCUUUAUCAUCUCGUCUCCGUGGUUAUGAGAAGAUGACAAGUAAUGCUAAGCUGCGCCAUCUAUUAGGUGGCCAGGGAGGUAUUAACAACCAGAGUAACUUUGUGGCUGGUCGAUUGGCUGAGCUUAAAGGAGAGAAACCCCUAGAGACUGUCAAGAGUCCAUCUAAUAUGAAACCGAAGAAUGAGACAAUUAGGAGCCAGAAAGAUUUAUUGAAAGCUCAAUUGAGGGAACUCCAGUCAAAGGGAGACAAUCUCAACUCGGAACUUGUCCAGGUGAUGAAAUCAGAGUCGGAGUUGUCUGAGGGAGUACAGAAAUUGACAGGAACUAGAGAAGAGGCACGUAUCACAGAGCUUCAGAGUCAACUACAAUCAACGACACAGAAGAAAACAGAUCUCCUUAAACGAAUCACACAUCUCGAAAGUGACAUUGCGAAAAAAGAACGUGAACUGAGUAAAUAAAACAAGUGUGAAUGAAAAUUGAAUUAAACUAAAGAAGAUUGUCAGAAUAUAAAAGUCUAACACUACUGAGAAAAAAUAACCAAACCAUAAAGAAACAUCAUGAACUAUUGAGAUAAUGAAAAGUGGAAAACAAUAUAUAGAGAUAAAGACUUAAAUGUAGAGUAUAUUGAAAAGGAAACCAAAGAACUGUAUAUAAGCAAGAAUAAUUUGCUUGCAUUCAUCAAGAUAGAAGCUUUAUAAGAUAAACGAUGAUAUUCUUCAGGAAAUGUAUAUAUCUUGUGGUAGAAAAAGCUUUAUAGUUGUCAAUAACGAUAAUGAUUGACCUUCCAUUUGAUGAUUAACAUAUUAUAUGCAAAUUAUCUGAAAAUCUAGCAAAUUUGGUAAAACUGACAAUGGGCAAUGACAGUUUCUUCAAAUGUACUAGAUUUUCAUUCAAUGUAAGCUGGAUUGUAAAAUCCUCAUGGUAUAUUUUUUAUUUAGUUCACAUUUUGUGUUAACUUAUUUUUAAGGUCAUGUAACUUGCCAGCAGUUUUUUUUGUAGAAAUGUUUUAUUGAACCAAACUUCGGAAAAUGUACAGACUUAUAUAUAGUUCUUCCGUCCAAAGUAGCAUUAUUUUACAAUCUAAAAAGUGUAUCAACAUAAUAAAUACAUAGAGAGAGCUUUUUGCCUCGAGUUUAGAAAAUUCCGUCCUAACAGUUCAAUUCUGUUGAACAAUAAUGUACUCAAUUAUUAGUAUGUAGUUUAUGUAGUUAAUGUGACAAGGUAUCCGUCCUGCAAAACUGUUUUUAUACAAGUGAUACUCGUCAUUUUAUAUCAUUUUGAUAAUUAUAUACAAUUAUUGUAGAUUAGGUUUGCAUACAAAAUAUGCUGUCAAAUUAAUUUGUUGUUUAGUGGCUAUAGUAUGGGUGUUAAAUACAUGUUGUAUUGUAUGUUUAAUGUGUAACAGUAUCUAUAAAUAUUAAUAUCGGAAAUUCCAUAACUUUUGACAGUGUUGUAUUUUGUAUGCAAAUGAUUUUGAUUGGCAGGACCAAUACAUGUAACAUGGAUUAAUAUUUAUAGAUCAUGAAAUUUAGAAAUAAUAAAUCUAUUUUAGAAUA